CGAUUUUGCAGAGGAGCUGGCACCGUUGGUUUCCUGUGUUGCGGUAAAGUUGCUGCUGCAGGGAGUUGAUAAACUGAGAGCUUUGGCGAGCUGAGAAAUGACAACAUGGUUAUAAGCUGAGUUGAAUUGCUCAUCUGGUGUUGAUUUAAUUUUGGUAUUUUAUUGACUUCAGCCCUCAAUUUGAUUAUUUCCUAUCCUCUACUCCUCCUGGGUGACCUGGAUUCCUGUUCUCGGGUGCAGUUGCUGUUGCAGAGAGAUGAUGAGCUGAGAACUUUGGCAAAAUGGAGAAGCACAACAUGAAGGCAGUGAGCUAUGAUGAUGUGCACAUCAACUUCACUAAGGAAGAGUGGGAUUUACUGAAUCCUUCCCAGAAGAAUCUCUACAAAGAUGUGAUGCUGGAGACCUACAGGAACCUCACUACUAUAGGAUACAUUUGGGAAGACCUUAACACCGAAGAGCAUUGUCAAUGUUCUAGAAGACAUGCAAGGAAUGAAAAAACACAUAGCGGAGAAAAAUGCUUUGAAAUUAAGCAAUGUGAUGAAGUCUUUUCUUAUCACAAUCAUCUUGAAAUGCAUAAAAGAACACGCACUGGAGAGAAACCCUAUGAAUAUCGUCAAGAUGAUAAAGACUUUCUUCUUUAUGCAACUCAUCAAAGUCAUAAACAAAUAUAUACUGGAGACAAACAUCAUGAAUGUAAUGAGUAUGGUAAGGCCUUUACACAGACCAUUGCUCUUCAAUACCAUAAAAUAACACAUACUGGAGAAAUACCCUAUGAAUGUAAUCAGUGUGCUAAGGUCUUUGCAUGUCACAGUGAUCUUCAAAGGCAUAAAAGAACACAUACUGGAGAGAAACCCUAUGAAUGUGACCAGUGUGGUAAGGCCUUUGCACGUCGCAGUGGUCUUCAAAUACAUAAAAGAACACAUACUGGAGAGAAACCCUAUGAAUGUAAUCAGUGUGGUAAGGCCUUUGCACGACAUAAUAAUCUUCAAUUGCAUCAAAGAACACAUACUGGAGAGAAACCCUAUGAAUGUAAUCAGUGUGGAAAAGCCUUUGCACACCACAGUCAUCUUCAAAUCCAUAAAAGAACACAUACUGGAGAGAAACCCUAUGAAUGUAAUCAGUGUGGUAAGGCCUUUGCACAACACAGUACUCUUCAAAGCCAUGAAAGAUCACAUACUGGAGAGAAGCCCUAUGAAUGUAAUCAGUGUGGUAAGGCCUUUGGAUGUAACAGUCAUCUUCAAAGGCAUAAAAGAACACAUACUGUAGAGAAACCCUAUAAAUGUAAUCAGUGUGGUAAGGCCUUUGCUCAACACAGUAAUCUUCAAUUGCAUAAAAGAACACAUACUGGAGAGAAACCUUAUGAAUGUAAUCAUUGUGGUAAGGCCUAUGCAUGGCACGGUGAUCUUCAAAGGCAUAAAAGAACACAUACUGGAGAGAAACCCUAUGAAUGUAAUCACUGUGGUAAGACCUUUGUUCAACACAGUAAUCUUCAAACGCAUAAAAGAACACAUACUGGAGAGAAACCCUAUGAAUGUAAUCACUGUGGUAAGUCCUUUGCAGCUCAGAGUAGUCUUCAAAAUCAUAAAAGAACACAUACUGGAGAGAAACCCUAUGAAUGUAAUCAUUGUGGUAAGGCCUUUGCACGUCAUGGUCAUCUUCGAGUGCAUAAAAGAACACAUACUGUAGAGAAACCCUAUGAUAUAAGCAGUAUGGUAAGGCCUUUGCACGACAUAAUCAUCUUUAAUUGCAUAAAAGAAUACAUACUUUAGAGAAACCCUAUGAUUGUAAGCAGUGUGGUUAUGCCUUUGCUCAAUGUGGUUCUCUUCAAAUGCAUAAAAGAACACAUACUUGAGAGAAACUGAAUGAUAUCAGUGUUAUAAGGCCUUUGCAGACCCCAGUAAUCUUAAAAGGCUUAAAAUGUAACAUACUCUAGAGAUACCUGUUAAUGGAAUGUGAUAAAUUCUUUUUCAUAAUCAUCUCCAAAUACGUACUAUGAGCCCUUCUGUAGAGAAAUCCUGGAGUUAAUUUGUAUACUUUUCAAAAACAUGAAAAAAAUCAUACUGUAGUGAAACUCUAUAAAUGAAUUCAGUGUCAUGAUGUUUUGUGCUUCACAGAAGAGUAAGACUUUGUGUGUAGUCAUCUGAAAAAGCUUGUGGAUAUUAUCAUAAUCUUUUGGACCUCAGGAAAAAACUGGGAGCUUAUUUUAAAUUGUUCUUUCAUAUGUUAAGCCACUAUUGUCAGUUAACCAAAAUCAGUUAUUGUGUAGAAAAAAGUUUGAUAAUGUCAACAAUUUGUUUAUGCAUCAUUAUACCUAUCUUUAUUUUAGUUUGAACCAGCAAAUUAAUGGAUAAAACCUUAUUGGUUACAGGAAGGGUAUUCCAACUUUUGUCUUCAAACCAGAGCCAAAGGAAAGAACUUUGGCUCUGAAUCUCGAACUAGAUAACGAAACAACGUCUCCCUGAAAACAGCCAAAACAUUAAAAAGGCCCAGUGAAAGAAACACAAGUUGGCUCUCAAACCAGAGCCAUAAAAUCCUAAGAGUUUCAACAAUGUUUUUAAGCUCAAAGGAUACCAUUAGCUGAAAUAUGAGAGGCAUGAAGAGUCAAAUCUCUCAUAUGUUUACUUGUAUGUUUUGUAUAAAAGUAUCCUUAGAAGUUGGGGAUAAAAUUAUGGUUAUCAGAAGAUUGGGAGUGGUCAUCAAGAAGGUAGAUAGAAGGUGGUUACAAGGAAUAUUUUCUGAAAAAGAAAGAUGGCUUGAAGUAAAAAAUGAUGGAAAAAUCACCCUUAACAGUGGCCGCAAAUAAUAUAAAAUAUUAUGGAAUUACCAACUAAAAAAGUGAAAGGACUGUAGGAAAAGAACAUUAAAUCUUUGAAGAAGACAGCAGAGAAUGGGAAGAUGUCCCUUGCCCUUGUUAGGUAGAAAUCAACAUAGCAAUCUACAGGCUCACUACCAUUCCCAUGUAAGUAUCAGAAAAAUUCUUCACAGAUCUCAAAAUAAAAACACUCAACUUCAUAUAGAAAAGCCAAAAAAAUUGCAGGAUAGCCAAAACUAUCCUAUAUAAAAAUAAUUUCUGCAGGCAUCACAUUCCUUGACUUCUUCAGAUGAAUACAGAGCUCCAGUACUGAAGAGAGCCUGGUGUUGGCACAAAAACAGAUAGGAGGACCAAUGGAACUGAUGCUGGCUAAGACCCAGACAUCACUCCACUCACCUACUACACCUGAUUUUUGACAAAGCACCAAAAAAUAUAA